AACUACUCUUGAUUCCGGGAGCCGUAUGCAAUAAACACCACCGAAGAAGUAAUUUGUGUGCUAGGUCAGUGUUGCGCACCAAGGACGAAGCAUGGCGGCGCCGACUAAGAAAGUUUUCGAGAUUUUUGUGACAAGGGUUCCAUGGACUGUAGCCAACAGAGAGAUAAGGGAAUACUUUGGACAGUUUGGGACUGUAAAGAGGUGUAAGCUGCUAUUUGAUAAAGACACAGGUUUCCACAAAGGCUUCUGCUGGAUUGGAUUCGCAACAGAGGAAGGACUCAACAACGCACUUAAGAAAGAGCCACAUUUAUUAGAGGGAGCAAAGCUCCAGGUUCAGAGAAACAGAACUUCAUUUGUAGACCAUAGGUCACAUAGGGACAAUGAUGAUGACUGAGGCUCUCUAGAUCUACUAGUGCAAUGUUUUCUGAGCUGAUUGACCUGUUGUUUUGUCUUCUACACAGUGAAUAAAUGUGGGCUUGGUUGUUAUUGUCACUUUUAUUUAGGUUGUCCUUAUUCAUUGUGAGCAGUUCAGUGCUCUAAUUUUAAAAGCUCUCUUGUCCGUACCAUCAAUGAUACACAGCAGAUGAAUGCUGCCUUUAUACGGUUGAUGAAACUUCAUUCCCACUUUUCCAGUGCAUGGGAAAUAAAAUCUUUAUUUCCUGUC